UUUAUAUGACAUUUGACAUUACACAUUUUUGACAUUAAAGAUAACCUAAAAAUUCAGUAAUUCAGAAAUUAUUUUAUUUAUUAUAUCCCAAUAUCUUUUUUCUGAAUAUUUACUAAUUUUUUCACACAAAUAUAUUCUAAUUAUGACUUUGUACCAUUUUGGAAACUGUGUGGCCCUUAUAUACGUACCUUAUUACUAUACCUAUAAACACUCUGGCCUAUCAGAAUAUGGAGCCUUUUGGAAGUGUAUCCAAGCAGGAUUGAUUUAUAUGAUAACACAGCUGGCAAAAAUGUUAAUUCUUGCAACUUUUUUCCCAGAAAAUGUUUCUGAUCUCGGAAAUGAUGUGGUUGGAGAAUUCCUAAAAUCUACAGUGGAUCUAGCAGACCUUGCCGGUUUAUACUUAGUCCUCUCAGGAAUACCAGGUAAAGGACACAGCAAGGUACUAACUGCAGGAAUCGGUUGGGCAACAGCUGAAGUUAUUCUCUCGAGGGCUUUGUUGCUGUGGGUAGGAGCCAGAGGAGCUGAAUUUGAUUGGAUCUACAUUCAAAAAUGCAUAGAAUCGAAUAUCUUGUUAAUCCAACAUAUAGUUACUGCCACUUUGGUUUGGUUAUGGUCUAGACAUGAUUUAAAACAUACUAUUAGAUCCACUAUCGUUGUGUUAUUAUUUCUUACAGCGUAUAAAGGGUUUUUGUUAGAUUUAUUGGUAGCUGGCUUGGGAGCCAAUGCUUGGGUAGGUUUAUUAAUUAAGGCAUCUGUCACAAUUACAUAUGGAUUAUUUACAUUAAUUAUAUAUGCAGAAUUAGCUCAAGUCAUAGGCAUUUUCUAGUAUUACUUAAUCAAAGAAUAAAAUUAGUUGAACUCUUAUAUUUAGUGUUAUUUAUAUUGUAAUAAUAAAAUAUUUUAAAGUUAAAUCACCAAAAUGUAAUAUUAUUUGUUUAAGGUUUUAUUGUUAAUUUGUUUUAAUAUAUUCCUUUUUAUUUAUAGAUCCAAAAAUAAAUUACUAAAUAAUGG